AUGGUUCGUAAAGGAGAACCGGAGCCUCGCCGCUCUGUGCGCGCAACCAAAGGUCAGCAUACAAAGGCCUUCGACGACCAACCUAUCGAACCGCCCAAGAAACGAGGAAGGAAGAAGAAGCAAGAGGAGGAACCAGAAGAAGAGAUUAUCCGCUGCGUCUGCGGCGCAACUGAGCAGGAUGGCGACUCAGAGGAGCCUUGGAUCGCUUGCGACAAAUGCACGGCAUGGCAGCACAACGUUUGCAUGGGUAUGAGUGUCUUUACGGAAGAUCUCCCUAAAAACUACUACUGUGAGCAAUGUGCUCCUCAGGAUCACAAGGAAUUACUGGCUCUCAUGGAGCAAGGCGAGCGCCCGUGGGAGUCUCGCCGCAAGGCUUACGAAGACGAACAGAACGAGAAGAAGAAGAAAAAGAAGAAGGGCGGCAGAGCUGGAAAGCGCGCCAGCGACCCCAAAGAAGAGUUGUCGCAAGACACGAGGAGUAACAAGGCCGAGGAUUCACCCGCUCCCUCAGAACCCGCCAAGGAGAAGAAGGACAAGAAGGACGCCGCAUCCAAGGCCGCCACUGGCAAGCGCAAGACGCGAGAGGAGACUGGAGAAAAGGAAGCAAAGGCAAGCCUUCUGUCUUCCCGAAGCCUCGCGCGAAGCAUUGCUAACUCUACGCUUUCUAGACGCCUGCGCCAAAGCAACGCAAACGAUCUCCCCGAGGAUCGCAAGGGACCCGCCCAACUCCUGCAAAAGGCUGUCGGCGGCAGCCUCACUGCUGGUGUCAAGGACAAGACCAUCAGUCUCCCAAAAGACACCACUAUUGCAGCUAAAGCGGAGCGUAUGGCACUCGAGAUUGAACGCGCGGUUCACGAUGCACACCCGGACCGGAGCCAGUACGCAAUGCAGGCGCGGAUCCUAUAUGCGAAUAUGAAGCUGAACGGCGACUUGACCAAACGCUUAUUGAAGCGCACUCUGUCGCCAACUAUGCUAGCCACAAUGUCUGCCGACGAGCUGGCUACCAAGGAGAGGCAGGAGGCCAACGCUCAGCUGAAGGCCAUCUCUGAGAAGCAGUCGAUCCUUAUCACCGAAGAUGGUCCUCGUAUGAGGAGAACACACAAAGGCGAAGAGAUCGUCGAGAACGAGUCCUUCCAUCAGAAUGACGAACGCAGGUCUUUCAUAAGACGACCAAGUGGCCGAGAGGGGCAGGCUGGCAUCAAAUCCGACGGAGAAUCGCACUAUGAGAACUCAGUGGAGCUUCCUGCCCAUGCUGGUCUACACAUCGAUACCCGUGGAGCCCGACACUCUCCCAAGCAUCCCGACUUCGACAUCAACAAGGUUUACGCAACCGUCAAAUCUCCCACGGGCACACACAAUCGCCGGCCGUCGGCGCCAAACCAUGGCCCCGGUGUUGACGCAGACGUGGAUAGACUUCUGCAGGAAGAGACGGACUCUCCACCCUAUUCGCCAACUGAUGAGACAGAUCCUGAUGUCAUUUGGCGUGGCCACUUGGUAAUGAGCUCGAUUGCCGACUUCCCGGCUGCCGCCAGGUUUGUUGGUGGCGCCAACCUCUCUACCACCAUUGCAUUGCCCUGGACCAGGCUCAUCCCAAAGAAACUCACGGUUGCCGGACGCAUAGACGAACAGAAGGCGAUAGAGUAUCUCUGCGGCUUGCGCUACGCUGACCAGACCGACAUUGUCGUCGUGGCAAUAACGCCGUCGUCCGAGGUUUAUAGACGGGAGUUCCAGGCCCUCAUUGACUAUUUCGUCUCGAAAAAGCGCUACGCUGUUGUUGGAGAUAAGGGCGUGGGCAAUGUGAGGGACACCUACUUGGUUCCUGUCCUUCCGGGGGACAGCAACAUGCCAGAGUUCAUGCUCAACUUUUCGGAUAACCUUGUCCCUCAGAAGAGGACGGAGCCUAUGCUAUUGGCUGUCUUCGUGUACCGCAAUACCCCCAGACAGCCUCAGUUGGGCGGCACCACAUCUCAAUCACCCGUCACCAAUGUGCCAACUCCCCCACAGAGCGGCGUCCCUCCACGACACCCCUCGAUAUCUGGCCCGGCAUUCUCGCCAACGGUUGCCCAGGGCCCCUUCCAGCAACCGGGCCAUCCUGUUGGCAACACUGCCCACACUUUACAGGAAUAUCCAGCACAAGGGGCACAUCAGGCUGUUCCGUCUAACCAGCCUCCCACGGGCUAUACGGCCGCUCGCGGCGCUGAACUCGAAAAUCAACAACGUCAACAACAAGGCCAGGCGCUGGCACAAGAAGUUCUGGGCCCUUUGAUCAACAGUCCUACGAUGAAGUUCUUGCUGCCUCAAGCCUACCAGAUGUCGCGGACAGAGUGGGAGGUCGUUCGAGGCAUCUUGGAGAGAGACCUGCGGGCGCGAAAUGACCUGACCCAUCUAAGCCUCCUGUUGGAGAAACAACCGCCAGCUGCUAAGGGCAGCGAUAUUGCCUCUCCGGCUCCGCAAGGCGCGCAGGGGGUUGCGCCAUCGGCGUGA